AUGUCAAGUGAUGAAGAUCAGUGGAAUGCCCCUUUGGCAUCCUCAGCCAUAGUAAAAGCUGAGGAUGCUGUAUCCUCUCUAAACAGUUUUACUACCCAAGCGGUGAAACGAUUUGGUUGUGAGAUUGAUUUAGAAGUAGACAGGGAAAAUGACCUUCUAAAGCAAAUGCUGCGGAAAUAUAAAAAUCCCGGGUUUGAUGUAACUCCGCCACUGUGUGUUGAAUUUGUUGGUGAAGCAGGAGUUGAUGUAGGUGGUGUAACGAGAGAGUUUUUUCACUUGUUAAUGGAAAGGUUGAAAAAGCAAGGGGUUUCAAUAAAUUUGUUUGAGGGUCAGGUGGGGCAUCUAGUUCCCAUUAACAACUACGAUGUUUUGUCAGGCGGCUUGUUUGUGCAGGCUGGCAAGAUGAUACUGCAUGCUAUUCUCAACGACUGCCACGGUGUUCCUGGGCUCUCCCCAGCUGUUGUGUCAUACCUGAUAAGUGGAAGGAGGGAUGCAGCAGUAGCUCAUGUAUGUGUUGAGGACAUCCCAGAUCCUGUUUUAGCAGAAAACUUAACAAAGGUUUGUUAAAUCUGACUAGAAAUUCCAUUUGCUUUUGCAUAAAAAAGACAAAAUGUUAAGAAGUAAGAUACAUUUAAUGCCCAUGUCUUAUGCGCUGGAAAUGGUAAUUCUGUGGUUCCAGGUUUGAAUCCUCCUCCAGCCACUGGAUGGAUCUGUCUUUGGUAGCACGACAUUCAAAUCCUACACGCUUUACAUAUACCCACUCAUCUGCCUCCUUCCAAUUGGGAUUUUUAAUCACAUUAUUUUCAUUGAAUUGUUUCCUUUGUUUCAGUGGCAUGCCUGGAAACUCGCUAUCUUGAAGCUAAGUGCAUGACCAUGAUAUUAUUAAUUUUAUUGCUGGCGAGCCUUAGCAAGCCACAGCCAGCACACUAUUUCAGAAGGUCAGCAGUGUUACUUAACAUAUAAGCCGUGAAAAUUCGAGAUCUUUUUUGGACAGAUUCUGGCAUGUACAGUUUGGCUUUUCACUACAUGACGUCACAAUCAAUGUUUUGACGACUUGUUGUCAAAUUUCAUCAAUGAGCAAUUGGCUAAUUCAUUACGUCACGUCACAAUCGAUGCGUAUUUGACUCCGCACGUCUAGCCUUGCUAUCUACAAGCAGUGAAAAGGUGAGUGCGGCAAGGUUACGGUAAAUAAGACCAUCUUCACAGAUAUUCGUGGGAGGUGAAUUAAAAAACAGAUCUGGCGUUAAAGAAAAGGGCUUUAAGGGAAAGAAUGAGGUUACUUACCGGCUCAUUAAAGCUGAAUCUUGGACCAUUGAGUCAACAAGAAAAAGUCUUUCGCUUUAGGUUACCAACUGGCCUGUUGAGGCUAAAUGUUUGAGCGUCAUUUUGUUAUCUUACAUCUCUGUAAUGAGACAAUACAUCGGCCAAUUUUCAGCAUCUGUGUCGUCUACCCCAAUAACGGCUUUCCCUUCGCCAGCACUCACUUUCCUUUAAUAAGGAUAUAUUAGUUACUUAUUUAUUCUCUUUGGGCCCACGCGGACUUUUGAGGCCGCGAUAAGGAUAUAUUGAAAUAAGGAAAUAUUUAUUUGUUCGAAAUAAGGAUAAUUAUAUUGAACAACUUGUUAUCCAAGAGUAAAAUUAUUAACCAUCUUAUGAUUAAGAGGGAAUAGAGACAGUUAUUUUCUUAGCACUGACAAUCUUGACUUUAACUUUAUUAAGUAAGCCUGUUCUAGGUGUUUGGUUAGCAAACAGGUGCAGUGCAACAAAUUAAUGCAACAUUGUGCUGCAUGUCAUUUCUUUGUGCCCCUUUACCAAAUGCAGCAUACAAGCUUUGCACAUUGGUGACCCAUCUCUUAAUCAUUCUACAGUUCUUAAUAAUUAUGUUAACACUGCUUACCAUUUGAAAUAAUUUGUUUAUCUAUCUAUAAUAGCUCCUUAGCUGUGGAGAGGAACAGUUGCCAGCAUUUACAGAUCCAAAUAGCCCACAUGAUAUUUCAGAGCUUCUAAUGUCACCUGGCUUUGCUCAUAUUACUAUCACAGAGGAGAGAAGGAACCUGGCGUAUGAAUGCAUUCUCCUUUCCGAGGUUGUGACAAAAAGAAUAACAGCCUUAGAUGACCUAAGAAGGGGAUUGGGGGAAGUAAAAGUGUCUGGAGUGAGCCUUCUCAGCUUACUGGAAAGAUACCCUAAACUCCAACAGAGAGUCUUUCCCAAGGACUUGGAGAUCACUGAUGAAAGGGAAAUGGCAUCACACAUACAGUACGAUGAAAGCAGUAAUCCCUUGUGCAACGUGCUCGAAACUUCUUUGAACAGUACAUUGAGGAGCUUUUCACAGGUGAUUAUAGCUCAGUGCUUGAAA